UUGUAGUCCAACAAGAUGGCGGCUGUCUUUCAAAACAAAAGCAGCGAAUCGAGCAAGAUGAACAAGGUAGACGACAAUGAUACGCCGUAAAAAGUACACUUGUGUCCGCCAUAACUCCGGCUACCCUUCGGCCAUCGUCGCUGUCUAAAGGGUUUUAGUUUUCGAAUAAUAGGGACGUGCACAUGAUUGAAGGGAAUUUUUGUGCCAAGUUGUCCUUUCAGUUUGUCACGCCACAGUUAGACUGCGUCGAACGUGUGACAUUAAGUUUGAUUUUGAAAAGCGGAUGUUGUCGUGCUGAUAGCGUCGCUCGAUGGCGGAAGAAGAGACGGCAACCAAACAUUUCUCCCAAAUUCGCCAGCCAGGUUUAUCUUUUUUUGAGUUGCUUUAAAUGUCCGUUGUUUAGCAAGUCCACAAAUCGCUCGUGAGCCUAGCCUGGCCAAGGAUGAAGUUGCGAAUUCGCAUCUGCGAGCAAACCAGCAAAGUGGACGUGGUGGGUCCCGAGUCUACUUUGAAGGAGCUUAUGGAGCACAUCCGUGACGUCCUGCUGCCCGGGCACGGACUCGGUCCAGACGCGAACUUUGGCCUUUCUCUCAACGGCACCGAGCUCCUCGCUGACACGGGUCAGAAGUUGUCGUCGUGCGGCGUCGUCCCGGGAGAUCUGAUCCGUGUCCUGCUUCCCGCCGGCGCCGCCCACAGCAACGACGACAGCGACGACCCUUCCCCCGGCGGCGCCGCCCGGUCCCUCGCUGGGCCCGCGACCGCUGCCCAAACGGACGCAUCCCCUGCGGGGACCGUCCGACCGCUCGCCGCGCCCAGCGCCCAAACCGCCGCCGCCGCAAUGACCUCCAGCCAGCCACCGGACGCCGGCCGUCCUCUGCUGGGAGCCCAUGCUGUUGAGCUGCUCUACCGUGCCGCCGAGGUCACCUCUCCCGCCGACGCCGUCAUGGUGGCCGCCCACCUGCUCAUGCUGGAGACCGGAUUCACGCCCCAGGGCGGCGAAGCGAAGCCCGCGGAGAUGCCGUCCGGAUGGCGUUCGUCCGGCGGCGCCUACAGACUUCAGUACACGCACACGCUGUGUGAAAGGGGCGCGGUCACGGUGGUGGCGGUGCCCAUGAACCCCGUGCUCGUCAUUGAAGCCAUCCUGCAGGUGGCCGACAGCGCCAGCAUGGCGGCCAAAGUCUGCCUGGACCCCGGCGUCUACGUGACUGAGGCGUGGCCAGGAGCGAGCGCGGCGUCCGCCUUCACCGGUCUGAGUCGGCUGUCGCGAGUGUACAAGGACCAGCUGGUCUACCCGCUGAUCGCAGCCACGCGAGAAGCGCUGCGUCUCCCGGUGGCCUUCGGCCUUUCGGCGCUCCCCCCCGAGUUGCUGCUGCUGGUGCUGCGGCUGCUGGACGUGAUCUCGGUGGUGCGACUGUCGGCCGUCUGUCGACAUCUGAACGCCGCCGCCGCCGACGCGGCCCUCUGGAGACACCUGGUGCGGCGGGACUUCAGCGAUCACAAAUGGCAGGGAGAGACCAACUGGAAGGAGCUGUACAAAAGUUUCUACAAGUUCCGUCAGAAGCGAGGCGUGGUGGAGCGCCCCUGCUCGCUCCCCCCUUUCAUCCACCGGCCCCUGUUCGGCCCGGUUCCCUUCGCCCCGCCGCGCGUCCCCGGCAUCAUCGGCGGAGGAUAUGACGAGCGACCGCCGGCCUUUGCGCCGGCGGCGCAGCGACCCGCGGCCCCCGGCGGGCAACGCCCGCCCGGGCGACGUCCGCAGAGGCUUCAUCUGACCCGGGCCGGCGGAAAUCCGACAUUAGCGGAUGGCUUUCGUGGCCGCGCCUCCCGCAUGCUGGGCUGCUUCUUGAUUGGACGUGGUGUGGUGAGCCGCCCGAGCAGCCAGGAAAUAGUUGGCCACGUUUGACAAGCGUUUAGCAUCUGGCCAAGUUAUACCCACUCACAAAAAAACGGGGAGAUGCGCCAUUCGCGUCACAUUUCCAGACGAACCAGAAAUGCACUCAAUGUGAACCCGGUACAGUGUCGCGUGUCGGGCUUCGCAAAUUUUGUCAACUACAGCUUAUUUGUAAUUUUUUUUUUGGGGGGGGGUUCUAUUCUUGAUUAUUUUCUCUUAUUGUGCUCAGGUAAAGCAUAAAAAUAGAACUUUGGCACCAUCACGUCAUGUUUUGAUGCCAAGGUACUCUGUCAAACCGAAAGGGUGUGUUGCGUUUCGACAAAAGUAGUGCUUUGUUGCAAACUUGUGGCAAUGACGAGCCAAUUUCAGUGGAAAUCCAGCCACUGGAUUGGGAUGGCAGGGCUCACUGCACCUCGCAGGAUGUGGCCGUGGAGCUUUGCGAGGCUGGAAGCGUCACACAAUGGCAUCCAAGCAACAUCUUUGGAGCUUUUAAUGGAUCAAACCCAUCUUGCGCCUUGUGAUCUUCAUCUUUGUCGUGCAAAAAAAAAAAAAUACAUCAAAAAAGCGACCAAA